AGACACCAGAAGGAAGGUACAUCUAUCUUUUCUCCACCCAAAUCAGAACCCCAUCAACAUCUUAACGUUUGUGGGUGGAUCACAAUCCCCAUCCGUCAAACUCACUGCACUCGGUUUAUUUAUUUCAUCAACAAAAUCUUGAAACAAACCGGCAACCGAUUGAUAUAAUAAACCCAAAUCAAAUUGUUUCUGCCUGCCGUUUCAAAAACAUGAAACUUUGAAAUCUUUAUUUAUUUCUUUUUUAUUAAUUUUUGUUCAUGGAUCGCUCGGUCUAUCUAUUCAAGAAAUUAGAUACCCACCCACAUAUCAAGUUUUUAUUUUUCUUUUGUUUGAUUGUAUCAAAUUAAUCAAGGGUUUUGUCUCUGCAUGCAGGAAAUUUAAUAUUUUUAAAUUGUUUUAGGGUUUGGGAGCAAAGCUAUUGGGUCAUUGGAAUUUAGGGUUUUAGAGAUUGGUGACAUAUAAUAAAGUUUUGAUUUUUAUAGGGUUAGAGGAUGAAUGGGUUAAGUUGUUAUUGGGGUUUUGUCUAGUGGGUUUAGGGAAUGGGGAGUUCUUGUGAAGCAAAUGGUCAAAAUAUUGACUCGACGGUCGGUGGGUUGGUUUGGGUCCGGCGGAGAAACGGGUCCUGGUGGCCGGGCCGGAUAUUGGGGCCUGAUGAGUUACCGGAAAGUGGUUUGGUUUCGCCUAAAAGAGCGGGUACUCCGGUGAAGCUGCUAGGGAGAGAGGAUGCUAGUGUGGACUGGUACAAUCUCGAGAAGUCUAAACGUGUAAAAGCUUUUCGAUGUGGCGAAUACGACGAAUGCAUCGAAAAAGCAAAAUUUACAGCGAAUUAUUCUUGCAAAAAAGCAGCAAAAUACGCACGUAGAGAAGACGCAAUUCUUCAAGCCCUGGAGAUCGAAAACUCUCAAUUUUUAAAAAAUAGUAAUUCCGAAACCAUCUCACACACAGACAAAACCAAAAACAUAUCUGAUAAAUUGAGUGGCCUAGAAUUCAUCUCCGUUUCCCCACAGGAAUUAUCACGUACCGCCGCUUCUGCCGAUGAUAAUUCUGAAGACGACGGAAGUAAAAAACGCAUGCGAGGGUUACACGACCUCGGGGUAGGAACGUUUAAGAAAAAGCGGACCGGAGUGGCGCAUAUUCAUGAUUAUUUAAAGAAGAAGAACCGUCGCUGUCAGUUGACAACAGUUUUAAAGAAAACCGAAAUGGUAAGCAUUCCUGUUAUAUGUGAAGAACACAAUGGGUCGGAAUAUAAUAAUAAUGAGUUAAAAGGAAGUUUUUCUGAUAGCACGGGUGAUGUCACUAAUAAUAUUAAUUCAAGCGGCUUCAAGCAGAAAGAAGAUGAAAACUACAGUGUUUUGGAAUUACUAGAAACUGAUGAUUCUUCUGGAAGGCUGUUUGAUGUUCCGUUUGUUCGAGAACAAAAGCAGACUGCAGGUUCUUCUCCUGCAUCGAUACCCGAAACGGAAUUUCAAGAAUCCGGUUCUAUUAUUAGUUCAGGUGCCGACGACAUAAUAAGCCAUAUAAUAGAUAAUAACGGUAGUUCGAAAUGGCAGCAUAAAGGGAAAAGAAAAUCAAGAAAUAAAAUCAAAACAAAAACCCUCCAGAAUUUUUUGACCGAGUCAACAGAAGAAGUCAACAACACGGUUGAGGUAAAGGGCUCACAAAGAUUUAUGUUUAUUCAUCAGUCCUGUUACAAAAGAACCGGCUCCCUUUAUGAUGUCCGUAUUGACGUUGAAUCGCGCAAUUUUCGUCGGCAUCUUCCGUACAUCUCUCUUUGGAGUAACUUUACCGGCCAACGGGUGACGGGCCAUUCGCUUGAAGUCGAGGUGGUUACCGAUGAUGGUUGGUUGAAUAGUUCGGAAUGCCUUAGUAGUAGCUGCGGGGAGGCUCCCAAAAAAGCUAGAAAAAACGGGGGGGUUACAUCUAACAAGAAGAUCCGAAAGCUAUCGUCAUUAAGGGAAAAAGGGGUGCUUAAAAGGCCAGAUAUAGGUUGUGUUCCGUUGAAGGUUGUUUUUGGUAGGAUAAAUGCGGUGUUGGGUAUUAACUAGUUCUGCUGCUGAUGAGGGAGGGAGGGAGGGAGGGCCUUAAUCGAUGAAAUUUGUUAGAAAGUUGGGAUUUUGUCGUUGACUUGGGUUGGGUUGGGUUGGGUUGUAUAAUAAUGGUUUAGUGAAGGGUUGGUUGUAUAUGGAUGGUGUAACCUAAGGUGUAAGAGUUUCAAAUGUUUGCUUGUUUUGUUGCAGCAGCAGCAGCAUCUUUGUUUUUGUUCAUGAGUUGGUUGGUGUUUUGUUUGUGUAAACUAGGGCAUGUUUGGCUAAGCUUUUUGAAACAACUUAUUGGCUUUUUCCU